CCCCUCCCCUGCUACUAUAAAUUUUACCCACCAACUCUGUUCGUCUCCCCUAAUGCCAAGUUUUGGCGACGCUGCCAAAUUUCUUUCUUCUGUCCUAAUAAACCAGAUUCAACGUCUCCCCCUUGCCCAACUCCUGCCAAAGCCCUCGUUUUUCUCAUCCCGAAGGCGAUCCCUUUGUUCGAUCUCUCGCUUUAGAUCCUCUCCCUCCCUCCCCGCCUCGGGAUCGACAUGCGGCGCUGUGCCCCUCGUCGUCUUCCUCCUCUCCUCUCUUUUACCUGCUAAGAUCCCUCCGAGCUUCUCUUUUGGCCCUCGUUCACAUCGCUCUCUUUCGGGUUCUGGCGGACGACACCGAUUCCCUAUAAAAGAUUAGAAUGGCUGUCACUACAUUUCAUCAGGCCACUGGGUCCAUCCACACCCAUGGGUGUCGCAGCAGCUUUGGCUUUCAGAGUGGAAUUAGAAAUUAUUCAGUGAAUAUGGUUUCUAAGGGUUUUGGUGUUGAUGCACGGCUUAUUGCAAGGGGAAAUUGUUGCUCUGGGAGCUGCAGAUUAAGUGUAACACGUGCAUCAAGCUCACAUUCUUCCGUAGCUGAUCCAGUUCAAAUACCAUCAAAGAAUAAUUCUAGUGACUCAAAGAAAAAACCACAUGAAACUGCGCUUAUAUUGAUUCGGCAUGGUGAGUCUUUGUGGAAUGAGAAAAAUUUGUUUACUGGAUGUGUUGAUGUACCCUUGACCCAAAAAGGCGUGGAGGAGGCAAUUGAAGCUGGUAAAAGGAUAUGCAACAUACCUGUGGACAUGAUCUAUACUUCUUCUUUGAUUCGUGCUCAAAUGACUGCCAUGCUCGCCAUGACACAGCAUCGCCGGAAGAAGGUUCCAAUCAUCACGCACAGUGAGAGUGAACAGGCCCAGAGAUGGAGUCAGAUUUCUAGUGAAGAAACAAAGAAACAAUCUAUUCCAGUGAUAGCAGCUUGGCAAUUGAAUGAACGAAUGUACGGUGAAUUACAGGGUCUCAACAAGCAAGAAACAGCAGAUCGAUUUGGGAAAGAGAAAGUUCACGAAUGGCGUCGCAGAUAUGACAUCCCUCCCCCAAAUGGAGAGAGUUUGGAGAUGUGUGCCCAGAGGGCUGUUGCUUAUUUCGAAGAACAGAUUGAACCCCAACUUUUGAGUGGAAAAAAUGUGAUGAUUUCUGCGCAUGGAAAUUCACUAAGGUCUAUUAUUAUGUACCUUGACAAGCUUACUUCUCAAGAGGUAAUCAGCCUUGAGUUGUCAACUGGCAUUCCUAUGCUCUAUAUUUUCAGAGAUGGCAAAUUCAUCAGGAGAGGGAGUCCUGUAGGACCUUCUGCGGCUGGUGUUUAUGCUUAUACAAAGAGCUUGGCUCUUUACAGGCAGAAGCUAGAUGAGAUGUUCCACUGAUAAGGUUUAAGCAGAUUGAUAAUGAAGGUCUUCUCGGUUAGUGAUGGCUUAAGCAUUAUCAUUUUGUGAUGUCUUAGUGGCUUCAAUCAUAUGUGAUCAGUUUCAUGGAGUGGUUGCUUUCGACUAUGCAUAAGAGACUGUCAGUGCAUUCAGUUUUAGUGAUGGCUUAAGCAUUAUCAUUUUGUGAUGUCUUAGUGGCUUCAAUCAUAUGUGAUCAGUUUCAUGGAGUGGUUGCUUUCGACUGAUGUAUAAGAGACUGUCAGUGCAUUCAGUUGUAAUGCAAGAUCUCCACAUGUAGUCAUGAUGGGAUCAACAACCAUGUUUUGUUACAAUUUUCUCCACAUAAGCUACACACAUAGAAUGAUAAUAUGACAAGCACUUGGCUGGUUACUAGUUUCUCAUACCUCAGUCCACUAGUAGCCAUAGCAGGAACCAUGUCGAUGUUGAUAGUUUGGCUCCUUGGUAACCAGUUGUUAGGGUGGUUGGAUUGGCUCUCUGCUCUCUAUCAUUAUUGGUGUGUUAGUUGAAUUGAGGUUCUAAUCUUGUGAACAUUAGGCUGUUUGGAAUGGGAAAAAAAUUUCUUUUGUCAAAAA